AUGGCAGCGGCAAAACACAAAUAUGAAUUCGGUGGCCCAUUAGGCGCCGGAUCGCUUGUCUUUGGUCUCCCGGUUCUGCUCUAUUUCUUUUACUUUACCUGCAAUGACCUCACUGGCUGCCCUGCCCCUGCGCUCCUUGAGCCUCAAUCUCUCUCAUUAAAGCAGCUCAAAGAUCAAAUUCCAUGGCCUGAGGAUGGUAUCUGGGGCUUUGCCAGCUGGAAGGCCAGCGGCUGGAUGAUGAGUUACUACGUACUCAGCCUGGUGCUGUAUCGAGUGCUGCCCGGACAGGAGCUCUAUGGCACAAAGCUGAGAGAAUCAGGCCGUCCAUUAAAGUACAAGUUGAAUGCGUUUUCUUCUAGUCUUGUUCAACUUGCUGCAUGCGCCAUUGGAACGCUAUUAUACGGCGCUAAUUUCCCUCUCUGGACCUUUAUCGACGACAAUUACUUGCAGCUAUACACAGCCAAUCUAAUCCUCGCAAUUUUGAUUUCAAUAUUUGUAUACCUGCGAAGUUUUAGUGUCAAGCCAGGUAAUAGUGAAUUGAGAGAGCUCGCACAGGGCGGCCACACCGGUAAUAUCAUGUACGACUUCUUCAUCGGCCGUGAACUCAACCCUCGCGUCACCCUCCCCUUCUUUGGCGAGGUUGAUCUCAAAGUCUGGCUGGAAAUGCGGCCUGGUUUGACGGGCUGGAUCCUCCUCGACCUUGCCUUUGUUGCAAAGCAGUACCGCACAUUCGGAUCUGUGUCCGACAGCAUUCUCUUCGUUACCUUGGUCCAAGGAUACUACGUCCUCGAAGGACAAUAUGCCGAAUCAGGACUUCUUGGCAUGAUGGAUACAAUCACAGAUGGGCUGGGCUUCAUGCUAACGUUUGGGGACAUUGUCUGGGUGCCAUUUCUUUAUUCCACGCAAGCCCGCUACCUCUCUGUGUACCCACUGCAACUUGGCUGGGCAGGAAUUUCCGUCGUAUCAGCAGUCUUUACCGUUGGACUGUACAUCUUUCGGGCGUCCAACUCGCAGAAACGCAUCUUUCGCACGCAGCCAGACCACCCCAGCGUUAAAAACAUGUCUUACAUACAAACUAAGCGAGGCACAAGACUUCUUGCGGAUGGAUGGUGGGGAGUAUCGCGCCACAUCAAUUACUUUGGAGACUGGCUACAGGCAUCGCCUUUCAGCCUUCCCACUGGCAUGGCAGGAUAUGUGAUUCUGCCAGCCGGGGCUGCUGCCACAGCGGGAGCAAGCGUGGCUACAAUGCUUGAUGGUAGACAAGUGGUCCAAGGAGCGGCAAGAGGAUGGGGCAUGGUUUACACGUAUUUCUACGUGGUGUAUUUCGCCUCGUUGCUGAUAUAUCGCGAGAGAAGGGAUGAUGCGGCGUGCACAGAGAAGUAUGGAGAAGAUUGGGCCAAGUACAAAAAGGCAGUUAAGUGGAGGAUUUUGCCUGGUGUUUACUAGAAACACGGGUGUUUGCGAUGGCGGCCUUUUACGCAGAGAAACCAAUUACAUGUAAACAAG